AUAACCCAUCUUUUCUCCGAGCAUUGCUGUAUCGCAAAGAACACAACUGAGCUCCGUCGUCCUCCGUCGUCCCAGUGACUUUGUCCCCCGCUAUUGCGUUGCACCAAGGGAAGAGAAGCGCGUAGAUAAGAAGAAGGAGGGCGAGAUAGAGAAAUAAAUAGAUAAUAGAGAGACAGAGAAAGAGUUGCCGAGGUAGAAGUACAAGAGCGAAGAAAGCAAAAAUUAAAGGAGCUGUAGAAAUCGCAAGGAUAUACGCUCUAAAUCUGGAGUUAAAAUGAAGAAGCACAGAGCCCCAAUUCCUGAAUCCAGCAAAAUCCAAUUUGAGGAGAGUGAUACAGAGCAAUCUUCUUCCAGUUCCUCAGAAGACGAGGAGGAGAUAAAGCAGGAGCUGGCUGAUGCAACAUUUGAGGAGUUGCAGAAAGCACGAUCAAAUGGUUCACAUGCAAUUUUUCAAAAGACUAAUGUGGAGAAAAAGUCAAGGAGACCCAACAAGAAUAGGCCAAUGGAAGUCAGUUGCAAGAAGCCAGUUCCUGUUAUCAGAGACGUUGUGCAAGCUCCUAAGAAAGUUGCACGAGAUCCUAGAUUUGAAUCUCUAUGUGGUAGACUCGACUCUGAUGGGUUUAGGAAGCGAUAUAAUUUUUUAUUUGAUGGCGAACUGCCUGCCGAAAAACAGGCUUUACUCAAGGCUUUGAAGAAAUCUAAAGAUCCAAAUAAGGUCAAUGAAUUGGAGGAACGCAUAUCUUGGAUUGAUAAGCAGUUGAAGUCCGAUGCCACCAAGAAACCUGAUGCAGAGAUAUUGGCGAAACACAAGAAGAAAGAGAGAGAAGCAGCAAAGCAGGGCAAACGUCCCUUUUAUCUCAAGAAAUCUGAAAUCCGAAAGCAAAGGCUUAUUGAAAAAUAUGAGGAUCUCAAGUCUUCUGGCAAACUUCAAUCAUUCAUUGAGAAAAGGAGGAAGAGGAAUGCUGCAAAGGAUCAUAAAUACGUGCCAUAUCGUAGAUCCAGUGAAACUGGGCAAUGAGGUCUUUUUGCAUGCUACAGCUAUAUGAAUUUUGCCUGCCAUUUCAUGAUUGUGAACCUGUUGAGGAUUACUGCCAUGACAUGUUCCGGUGAAAGUCUUGUCUAUUACCAACAUUCUAAUCACCCCUCUUUAAUGUUAUGUUUUGAGAAAGGUCUUGGUCUGAUAAUGGUGUGGGGUUAGAUCCUUGGUGAAUUGUGAUAGCAUAUACUGGUGACUGGUCUAACAGUUAUAUUAUAACUGUCUUCUUUUUAGAAGCAGAUAUAAUUAAAAUUUUCGGCUAUA